ACCAUCCAUUAGACCCAUCAUCAUCAUCAUCAUCAUCAUCAUCAUCAUCAUCCAUCCAUAACCAUUGAAAUUCAUUUCUAUAUAUUCUAAAUCCCCACUUCAUUUCUUCUCCCAAUUUUUGAUUAGAAGAAAGAAAUAACUUCAAAAGAAAUGGGAGAGGCAAAAGUGGAAGAAUCAGCCGCUAAAAAUGAGGCCGAGAAGAAGCCGGCGGCACCUGUACCAGCUCCGGCUCCGGCGGCUGUACCGGUAGUCAAGGAUGGCGGAGCUAAGAAAGAGGAGGGCGGAGCAGUCACAGCCAUAUAUAAAAUCGACAUGCAUUGCGAAGGGUGUGCGAAAAAGAUUAAACGAGCUGUACGACAUGUAAAAGAUGUUGAGAGUGUGAAGGCGGAUUGUGGAGCGAAUAAGUUAACUGUGAUUGGUAGAAUGGAUGUUGUUGCUGUAAAACAGAAAUUGGAGCUUAAGACCAAGAAGAAAGUGGAACUUAUUUCCCCUCAACCCAAAAAAGAUGCUCCCGCCGCCGCAGCCGCAGCUCCUGCCGCUGCUGAGAAGAAGCCUGAAGAGAAGAAAGCUCCUGAAGAAAAACCUAAAGAGAGCACUGUCGUUUUGAAGAUCCGGCUACAUUGUGAAGGUUGCAUCCAAAAAAUCCGCAGAAUCAUUUUGAAAAUCAACGGAGUUCAGUCGGUGGAUUUGGACGGAGUCAAAGAUUUGGUUACCGUUAAAGGAACAAUGGAUGUGAAGCAACUUGAGCCGUAUCUCAAAGACAAACUCAAAAGAAAGGUCGAAAUUGUCCCACCCAAAAAGGAAGAAGCUGCCGGAGAAAAGACAAAGGAAGAAUCCCCUGCUCCCGCUGCCGCGGCUGGUGGCGGCGAAAAGAAGAAGGAAGAAGCCGGUGGCGGUGGGGAGAAAAAGGAAAAGGAAGGCGGUGGGGGAGAAAAGAAAGAAGGCGGUGGAGGAGAACAGAAGGAAAAAGAAGGCGGUGGGGAAAAAAAGGAGGGUGAAUCAAAACCCGCACCAGCAGCAGCACCAGCAGCCGCGGGCGAGGGCGGUGGAGUAAAACCGGCGGAUGUAGUGAACAAGUUUGAAUAUUACGGCGGAUAUCCAUUCCAACAACUAUACUACGAAGCACCGAUGCAGUACCAAAGCUACUCAAUGGAAGCUAACCCGAGUUACUAUAACCCCAACUAUGGUUACAAUAACCAUGGUUACGAUAACCAUGGUUACGUAGACCAUAGAUACGACGUCGUUCCAAUGGACCCUCAUUUUCCCCACCACAUGCGAAACGAUCAGCCGCAGAUGUUCAGCGAUGAGAAUCCCAACGCUUGUUCCGUCAUGUAACAUUCCCGAUCAACGGCUGAGAUUUCAUCUCAUUUGAAAAAUCCAUAAUCUGUAAAUAGAGACAUAUGUAUGUGUAUGUAAAAUUAAAAUGAGCUCUCACUCUAAAGAUAAAAACUAUUGAAAAGAAAUGAAGAGAAAAUGGAUUUUUUGGGGGGUCUGGUCUGAUCCGGUUCGGUUUUUGUUUGUGUUGUUGGUUGGAGUGGAGUUGGUUGGUGGGUGGUUGCGCUCAUCUUUGUUGUUUCGUUUCAACCUCAGGAAUUUUUGGUUGUAAUUUAUGGAAUUAAUAAAAUAUUAACAAAUAAUCAAAUAGAUGAUAAUUUUGUUUUAA